UCUUUGAGGAGACGGCUACUGUGGAAAUCACAUCGGGGCUGCCCAGGACGCCCGACCAGCCUGAUCCCAAACUUGUCGACAGGUGUCGGGGGAGAGGCACACAUCCAGCCCCACUCUUGGUCUCAGGCAGGAGGGAUACUGACUCAUCUCAGCAGAAACAAACUGCAGUGCGAUGGUGACCAGACUAAGUCCUCUGGGAAGGAUCCUGCUCUUGAUGGGGAUGCUUCUCGCCAUCUCCUUAUUCACUGUGGCAGAGGACCAGGGGCCCGAAAAGGGGGUCACUUUCAGCCAUGUUUACAAGAUUGGCACAGACUGCAAGGUGGGGUCUCAGGCCAUCCUUUCCACUGACCAGAACACUGACUCCCAGGGUGCCAUGCAGGAGUUGACUGUGAACGGAGAGAACGACGUCGUCUUCAAGCACAACAUCCGCCUGCAAACACCCUCGUGCAGCUGUGCCGACUCGGAGGACUUCAAGUCCCUACUCUACCGCGUCAACGGCUUAGAGGAGGAGGUGACCUUCCUGAAAGCCCAGUGUGCCCAGGGCUGCUGCAAAUCAGCAGGCAUGGACACGAGCUGCAGUGGCCAUGGCACGUUCCAGCACGACACGUGUAAUUGUCUGUGUAACCCGGGCUGGCAGGGUCCUGACUGCUCCGUGUCGACGUGUCCUGACGACUGCAACGACAACGGCCGCUGCGUGGACGGACGCUGCGUGUGCCACGCCGGCUACGGUGGGGACGACUGCAGCCAGCUCCUCUGCCCCGACAACUGCAACGACAAGGGCCACUGUGUGGACGGCAAGUGCGUCUGCUUCUCACAUUUCACAGGGGAGGACUGCAGUGUCCAGCGGUGCCUCAACGACUGCGUCGGAAAUGGCCGUUGUGUGGAUGGACGCUGCAUCUGCGAUGAGGGAUUCUUUGGCGACGACUGCUCCAUGGUGAUGGGUCCCAAAGAGCUGCGUCUGCUGGAGGCCACCGAGAUGUCUCUGCUGGUGGAAUGGGACUUCGUCAGAGGAGCCGAGUACUAUGUGCUGACUUACCACCCAGAGGGCGACGAGGGGGCGCUCAUCACCGUCAAUGUCCCCAACACAGAGAACUCCUAUUUAAUCACUGGCCUUGUCCCGGGGCUCACCUACGUUGUACAGGUGUAUGCUGUUAUCAAGGAGAUCAACAGUGAAUCUGUCAGUCUAGAGGCCGCUACAGAGCUGUCUUCUGUUAGCGGCAUCCGUGUGUUGGGUCAGACAGAGGACUCCAUCCAGGUGGACUGGAAGAACCCCGACAUAGAGUUGGAUCAUUUCCGACUAACCCAUGCCAGUCCGGACGGAGAAGAAGGGACAGAGACUGUGGCCAUGAGUGCAGAGGCCAGAACCAAGCACACCAUCGUGGGUCUGCUCCCUGGCACUGAGUAUCUGAUAACAGUACAGACUAUCAAAGGAACGUCAGAGGGCAAGGCAUCAUCCGUUACUGGACACACAGACAUUGACUCCCCAUCCAACCUGAUGACGAGAGAAGUGACCGAGAGCACCGCGACUGUGACAUGGGACCGAGUGCAGUCGGAGAUCGAUGGCUACAAGCUGAGCUACGUCUCAGCCGAAGGCUCCAGCCAGGAGAUCUCUGUCAGCGCGGACACCACCACCUACCAGCUGACCGGCCUCAGACCGGGAGUCAUCUACACCGUCUACAUCUGGGCCAUCAAGGGCUCUCGUUCUAGCAGGAAGAGCUCCACUGAGGCCGAGACAGACAUAGAUGCCCCUACUAACCUCUUGACCAGAGAGGUGACGGAGUAUUCAGCACUGGUAUCGUGGGACCGGGUACAAGCAGAGAUCGAUGGCUACAUGCUGAGCUACACCUCAGCUGAUGGAUCCAGCCAGGAGAUAUCUGUGGGGGCAGACACCACCACCUAUCAGCUGACCGGCCUCAGUCCGGGAGUCAUCUACACCGUCUACGUCUGGGCCAUCAAGGGCUCUCGCUCCAGCAGGAAGAGCUCCACCGAGGCCGAGACAGACAUAGAUGCCCCUACUAACCUCUUGACCAGAGAGGUGACGGAGAAUUCAGCGCUGGUAUCGUGGGACCGGGUACAAGCAGAGAUCGAUGGCUACAUGCUGAGCUACACCUCAGCUGAUGGAUCCAGCCAGGAGAUCUCUGUGGGGGCAGACACCACCACCUAUCAGCUGACCGGCCUCAGUCCGGGAGUCAUCUACACCGUCUACGUCUGGGCCAUCAAGGGCUCUCGCUCCAGCAGGAAGAGCUUCACCGAGGCCGAGACAGACAUAGAUGCCCCUACUAACCUCUUGACCAGAGAGGUGACGGAGAAUUCAGCGCUGGUAUCGUGGGACCGGCUGCAGGCAGAGAUCGAUGGCUACAUGCUGAGCUACACCUCAGCUGAUGGAUCCAGCCAGGAGAUCUCUGUCGGGGCAGACACCACCACCUAUCAGCUGACCGGCCUCAGACCGGGAGUCAUCUACACCGUCUACGUCUGGGCCAUCAAGGGCUCUCGUUCUAGCAGGAAGACUUCCACUGAGGCUGAGACAGACAUAGAUGCCCCUACUAACCUCUUGACCAGAGGGGUGACGGAGAAUUCAGCGCUGGUAUCGUGGGACCGGGUACAAGCAGAGAUCGAUGGCUACAUGCUGAGCUACACCUCAGCUGAUGGAUCCAGCCAGGAGAUCUCUGUCGGGGCAGACACCACCACCUAUCAGCUAACCGGCCUCAGUCCGGGAGUUAUCUAUACCGUCUACGUCUGGGCCAUCAAGGGCUCUCGCUCUAGCAGGAAGACUUCCACUGAGGCUGAGACAGACAUAGAUGCCCCUACUAACCUCUUGACCAGAGAGGUGACGGAGAAUUCAGCACUGGUAUCGUGGGACCGGGUACAGGCAGAUGUCGAUGGCUACAUGCUGAGCUACACCUCAGCUGAUGGAUCCAGCCAGGAGAUCUCUGUCGGGGCAGACACCACCACCUAUCAGCUAACCGGCCUCAGUCCGGGAGUUAUCUACACCGUCUACGUUUGGGCCAUCAAGGGCUCUCGUUCUAGCAGGAAGAGCUUCACCGAGGCUGAGACAGACAUAGAUGCCCCUACUAACCUCUUGACCAGAGAGGUGACGGAGAAUUCAGCGCUGGUAUCGUGGGACCGGGUACAAGCAGAGAUCGAUGGCUACAUGCUGAGCUACACCUCAGCUGAUGGAUCCAGCCAGGAGAUCUCUGUCGGGGCAGACACCACCACCUAUCAGCUGACCGGCCUCAGUCCGGGAGUCAUCUACACCGUCUACGUCUGGGCCAUCAAGGGCUCUCGCUCCAGCAAGAAAAUCUCCACCGUGGCCGAGACAGAGAUUGACGCACCCAGAAACCUGCGGGCCACCGACAUCCAGCUGGAGUCUGCAGCUCUGAGCUGGACCGCACCUCAGGCCGAUAUAGAUGGCUACAUCCUCACCUACAGGGCCGAGGAUGGAAGCAUGCAGACUGUUGAGAGGAAGCUGAAGAAGAGGGAGAACAAGUUUGCUCUGAGUGGCCUUCUGACAAGCAAGAAGUAUAUAGUCACUCUGAUUGCCUACCGCGGAGCCAAGAGAAGCAGACUGGUGGAGACUACUUUCAACACAGUGGGUUUGGCCUACCCAUUCCCUAUGGACUGUCUCCAGCACAUGAAGAAUGGCAACCUGACCAAUGGUGUGUAUACCAUCUACAUCAACAACGACCGCAGCAGGCCCAUCCAGGUGUACUGUGACAUGACCACUGAUGGUGGUGGAUGGCUGGUGUUCCAGAGACGUAACAGCGGAAGGCUGGACUUCAUGAAGCGCUGGAGACAGUACAUUCAAGGAUUUGGUGAACUGACGGAUGAAUUCUGGCUCGGUCUGGACAAGAUCUAUGAGCUGACAAACACUCCAACUCAGUAUGAGUUGCGCUUUGACCUGGGCUUGGGUUCGGAGCGUGCCUACGCUGUGUACGACAACUUCAAGAUUGCACCUGUUAAGCAGAAGUUUACUCUCACCGUUGGCAAUUACAGAGGAAAUGCAGGUGACGCCAUGACCUACCAUCAGGGAAGGAACUUUACCACUGUGGACAAUGACAAUGACAUUGCCCUAAGUAACUGUGCUCUGAUGCACCGUGGGGCCUGGUGGUACAAAAACUGCCAUCUGGCUAACCUCAAUGGCAAGAUUGGAGACAACAGGCACAGUAUGGGAAUGAACUGGGAGCCAUGGAAGGGUCACCUCAUGUCUCUGGACUUCAGUGAGAUUAAGAUCCGUCCAGUGGGUGCGUUCAGUCGGAAGAGGAGGUCACUGAUGGCCAAGGAGAAGAAGAGGCUGGCUAAGACUAAAUGAGUAAAACAGACGAGAAGGCAAAGCCCAAGAACACCAACAUACACACUUACCCUCGUUCAAUACAAGAGACGGAGAUGAGGCCAUGGGGAGUCAGUAACUCUUCACAAUACUGUAGAAUCUUACCUUGUCUUGAACCCUAUGCAUCCAUAUUUUAAAAUAGGAUUUUUGUAUCAUAAUUCUUUAUUUUAUAUAAAUAGAUUUACUAUGACAGAUUGUAUUUUGUAACACAGGGCAAAAGGGGCAUUCCUAAAUACGGAGUAUGCUGUUCUUUCAAUGUCUGUCUACAUUACACAUUCAGAUUACACAACAUUGUUGUUAAUUACUGUAGCACAAGUACUCAUUACUUCUUAAACUGCUCAUUUUUUAAACUGCUAAUUUCAUAUUUGUUACAUACUGUAGACGGCUGAUACUGUAUGGGAAAUAGUCUUGGCUAUAUCAUUGGCUUGUUUUGUUCCAAAUCUUUUCACCAGCAUCAACUGUCCUCUGCUUUACGUCUGAUUAUUUGUUUUCCACAUCGCCUGCCCACUCCACAUGCGGGCGGCUUGUGUUAGAGAAUGUUGUAUGAUAUAAUGUAAACAUAUGAUUGUACGUUCCAGUGUGUACUGUAGUUGUACUAUAUUUGUGCCACGAGUCUGUGUCACACUAUUUCACAGAUAAUUAAAGUGUCCUGAAAUGGACCGCA